CCUUUCUCAGGCCACUUCCUGGACUGUGCUGUCAGUUGGAGUCAAGACCCUGAGGCUCCUGAGGAGGCUCCUCACAGCCACCUGACUGACUAUCCCCACUGUUGACUGAGAAUGGCUGCCCUGCUCUGAGGCUCGUCCUGUAGGCUGGUGGUUGGGAGGGCAGUGGCCAUGGAAUGAGGGGUCUUGAGGAGACACAAAGACUUUCUUGGAGGCUGGGGACCCCCCACUGGAGCCCUGUGCCCAAGGCUGCUGCCCUGAGACUGGUGCUGCACCUCCUUCUUCUUGGGGCCCCCCACAGCCUCCUGGCCACUACCCUGUGCAAGGAAGAGGAGUAUCCGGUGGGCGGUGAGUGCUGCCCAAAGUGCAGUCCAGGUUACCGGGUGAAGGAGCACUGUGGGGAGUUCACGGGUACUGUGUGUGCCCCCUGCGCCCCGAGAACCUACACAUCCCAUCUCAAUGGCCUGAGUGAAUGCCUCAAGUGCCAGGAGUGUGAGCCAGCCAUGGGCCUGGUGACCAGGCAGAAGUGCUCCAGCACUGAGAACGCCGUGUGUGGCUGCAAGCAAGGCCACUUCUGCAGCAUAAAGGAUGAAGACAACUGUGUCAAGUGCCAGCUCCACAUGGCCUGCAGCCCUGGCCAGAGGAUGCAACAGAGAGGCACUGAGUGGGAAGACACCGUGUGUGUAGGCUGUUCCUUUGGGACCUUCUCCCCCAAUGGGAGCCUGGAGGAAUGCCAGCCCUGGACUGAGUGCAUUGGCACGUUUCAGUGGAAGUCAAAACCUGGGACCAACAGCACAGAUGUCACCUGCUCCUCUUGGGGCCUUCUGCUUUUCACCCUUGGUGGCAUGUUUGUGCUCAUCAUCAUUGUAGCUGUGAUCUGCUGUUACAAAGGAUGGAAAUGCUCAUCUGCAGGGAGACCUAGCUUGGAGGUGUGUCACUGCAGGAAGACUCACCACAGAAAGCGGAACAGUCCAAAUGUUGAAGGGGACUACAGUGCUACUCAGCCUCUGCAGGGUGUCACCACUGUGGCUGAGAAGGAGACGACCCCUGAAGCUCUGGAUCAAAGACCAAGGGAUGCAGAGGUCUGAGCCGCCUGGGACUGUGCCAGUUGGGACCAAAAUUAUGGUGACUGGGUCAGGAGAGCCAGGGGGCCCUGGUCACUGCAGCCUUCACCAGCAAAGAGAAAAAAAGCAGAGGCAUCACUGGAGACCCUAAAGGGCUCCCCCCAAUCACUCUCAUAAAGGACCAGGAUUCCUAUAUUCCUAUAUAGCCCAAGAACCUUGACAGCAUUCCUUCUAAAGCCUGGAGUAGCAAGAAAUGCAUGUGGGUAGCUUAAAAAUAAAUAAAAUAAAUAUAGCCAA